AUGUUUUUCUUCUUUUCUUUAUCUUUUUGCAAGUUCAAUCUUGAUCAUCAGAUUGUGAUUGAUACUAAGGUUCCUUGGUAUGAAUCAACAACUUUUGAUCAAUAUUUCGUUGGUUUAGCAGAAAAUUCAAAUAAGAAAGCUGCAGAAUUCUUCAAAAACGUUGCAAACAAGCAUUGUCAUACAGAUAAAACAUGCAUGAUUCAGAUUUUAAAUUCGAUUCUUGACAAAAAAUCAGCAAAUACAAUAAUUUCUCGUGAAGAACUCAAUGAUUUAUUACCAAUUAUUGAAUUUAAUCGUGAACAAGCUAGAAGCUAUAGAGGAAGCAAUUUCGAAGAUUUAUUUAUUGUAGGUUCACAGCCAGAUUUUGAAUAUAACUGUAUUUACUUCAAUAAUGAAAAUAUUACAGUUUUACCAACAGAAUUCCAACUUGGAAACAACAAUACGAUUGUCUACGCCAAUUUAUCAAAUCCAGAUACAUUUAAUUUCGUAAAUAAUUUAAUCGUCAACAAAAAAUCAUUUGUUCUUCGUCCAACAUCGCAAGGAAAGUUCGGAUUAGAUGUUCGUGGAUACGGAAUUGAGCUCCGUCCAUUCAAAUACUCAAUGGAAUACGGUGUAAAAGAUGAUCAGAGGUCUUCUGAAAAUUCUGAAACAAAUCCUGAGAUAUAUGAUGAGACCUUAUCCAAUUUCGAUAACAUCCAAGACAUGAAACCUCUUCAAUCUGAUAUUCAUAUUUCGAAACCAGCAUUUACACAAUAUUUCGAUGAAAAUGAGCAACCUUUCCUUAAGAAACUUACAUAUAUCGCUGAAAAUCCAUCAAUUUCUCUUCCAAUUCUCGAUUCUAUGUAUAAUGAACAAGAAAACCAAAAUGUGUCGAUCGAUACUACGAUACCUAUCAAAUCUAUCAAUGGUAGAAGCAUUUCCAAUAGCGAAAUCGAUACUUUUACGAUAUUAAAUAUCAUAAAUCAGGAAAGAAACGCUUAUGAAGUGCUGAAAAACGAAUCUCAUGAAAGUUUAGACAUGUUUAAGAUCGAAUUACCAGAUAAAACAGCUCACAGAUUUGAUUAUCGAAAUAAAUUUAUUGCAUGGAAGAAUAAUCUCGAAAAGGAUCAAAUUUCAAAGGACUACAAAGUAACAAGGGAAGAGCUCUCAAACAAGAACCAUAUUCCUCGUGUAAAACGAAAUUUGUUUAAUUUACUUGUUACAGCUGAUCCCACGACCCAAAAUGGUGUCUACAAGUACUUGGUAAUGGAGAAAAUCAUGGACAAAGGUUAUCCGUGCAGAUUCGGUGGUUUGCCAGUAUUUAAUUUGAAUGAUCCUUUAUCCCGUAAAGCAGCGUUCGCGUAUGCCUACAUUAAGCAGUUUUCAGAUAGUCUUGCAUUUGAUUUCCUUAUCUUUUCGGCCAAAUUCACUGGAUUUGAUGCUAGAACUUAUCAGCCACUUUUCCCUUCAGAAGAAUCGAUUGCAAAAGCGUAUACAUACGUAACUAAGACAAUUAAAGACGCUACAUCAUGGCAUGACCUCUAUAAAUACUUCUCUCCGCUCUCAAAAAUUCAUUCUUAUGUAAAGGAAAUGACCCAAAAAGUGACAGACAAAAAAUUGAAUGAAUACAUGACAAUUUUCAAUGGUUAUGUAUUUUACAGUUUAUAUACUGAUUCUCUGGAUGGUUUGUUAUACAAAGAGCAAGAUUACUUGAGUUCUUUAAUUGAAGAAAAUGUAAUUCCUGAGAAUUUUGACAUUUUCGAUGUUUUCAAUAAGUUUACUUAUGUUUCUCCUGAUAUUGAAUCGAAAUACUCAUUGACACCAAUCUUAUCAUUACAUUUACUCAAUCAGCCGAAGAAAAUCAUGAAGAAAUUCAUGAAUUUCCUUAAAAAUAGUUUUGAUGAUGAAUUUAAUGAUUUCGUAAUUGUUUUUACUGAAUCUAAUCAAGAAAAGAUAGAAAACCAACUGAAGCAAUUAAAUGUUUCUUAUCUUAUUAAUCCGAAACUCCCUGAAAAACUCCACAAAGCACUUGGAAUUGAGAAAGAAAUGUUGAUUGUCAACGGAAGAGUUUUUUACAAUUUUGAUGAUAUCCAAAAACACUUGAAAUGGACACAGAACUUUAUAUCAAGAUUAUACAGGAAAGUCGAUUGCAAGAACUACGUCAAGUUCUUCUUCUAUUGUUUGACAUCUAAUUUCUAUGAAAAUGAUAUCCAUAGAAAUAAAGAUUCAUUAAUAAUAAAUGAAAACGAUAGACUUUCUUUUGAAUCAAAUUCAAUGUCUGACUUCACUUUUGAAUUUACAUGCAAUCCAUUUGAUGAGUCAGAUCAGAAGUUAAUACCCAUUGUUAACUAUUUGAAUGAAAAAGAUGUAAUUGACGUGAAAAUACAACUCAAUAUUCCGACAUCUGUUUCUGGACAAUCAAAUAAUGUUUAUAGAAUGGCUUUGGAUAAAAGUGAAGUAAUUUUUGGAGCGGUUGAUGAUCUGACAACUUAUUCUAUUAUACCACAUUUCCCGCAAACAUUCGUUUGUGAGCAAAUGAGGUCAGAAUUUGACGCAGAUAACAUUUUGACUUCACUUUUGACACCAGGAAUUCAUAAGUGUUCUUAUAUAUUAACUAAUGUUGUUGCAAACGGUUUGACAAAUUCUAGCGGUUUUGCCAUUUAUUUGGGAGACAAAAAUUUGUCAAAAAUUAGUGGCACUUUUCUGUCAAAAAGCGGUUAUUGGCAAAUCCAAGCCAAUCCAGGCUUAUUUGAUGUUGUAUUGAGCAAAGAAUAUAUUUCAAGUUAUAAGACAGAGAAAUCAACUGUUUUUGUAAAUUCUUUCGCUCAAAAAGAUAAUUUUGUCACUUUUUCACAAUUUAGCAGCUUUGAACAAGUCAGAACUGAUCCGAAAACCAUUGAAACUGUUGAUGUUUUCAUUGUUGCUUCCGGCCAAUUAUAUGAAAGAUUGGCCAAGAUCAUGAUGAUUUCUGUAAGAAGACAUACAAAUAGUUCUGUCAGAUUUUGGAUCCUCAAAAACUAUUUGAGUCCAUCAUUCAAAGCAAGUUUGCCUAAGAUGUCUCAAGAAUAUAAUUUCUCUUAUAACUUAAUUAGUUAUAAUUGGCCGGCCAAUUUAUUCAAACAAAAAGAGAAAAACAGAAUAAUAUGGGCGAACAAAAUCCUAUUUUUGGAUAAUAUCUUCCCUCCUGAUUUGAAACGAGUUAUUUACAUUGAUGCCGAUCAAAUUGUAAGAUCUGAUUUAUCCGAAUUGAUGAAAUUAGAUUUAUCUGGAGCUCCUUACGCUUUCACUCCUAUGUGUGAUUCUCGAACUGAAAUAGAACCAUACAGAUUUUGGAAGAGAGGAUAUUGGCAAAAACAGUUGCGUGGUAAGAAAUAUCAUAUUUCUGCUUUGUUUGUUGUUGAUUUGGAGAGAUUCAGACAAAUGGAUGCUGGUGAAAUUCUUAGAGAUGUUUACCAGGAUUUGGCUCCUGAUCCAAAUUCACUCGCAAACUUGGAUCAGGAUUUGCCAAAUUACGUUCAAGACGCUUUGCCAAUUUAUUCUUUGCCUCAGGAAUGGCUUUGGUGCGAAACAUGGUGCAGCGACGAGACAAUGAAUAAAGCGAAAACAAUUGAUUUGUGCAAUAAUCCAUUGACUCAUAAACCUAAGUUAGAAAUUGCUCUUGAAAGGGUUGAAGAAUGGCCUGGAUUGGAUGAAGAAGCAAGAAGAAUUACUGCAAAACCAGAUGAAUACAUGAAAAAUUUCUUUUGA